AUUGGUAUUAAAAAUAACAUGGAGUGCAAUAAACAAAUAGACCUCAUAAGCUCAGAAGAGAAGUUUAAUGAAACCACUCCACACCAAAUUGGUAAAGACAGUCAAGAUCCGAGUUUUGAGGAAGUCCUGGACCUAAUCAGCCAAAUGACUACGCAUCAGAGUCCUAAUGAGGAGGAAAUCUACCUUAAAAUUGAGGAACCAAUCGCUCUGGACUCCAAACAGGAAGCAUCACUUCAAAGUUCACCAGAAGAUUUUAUAAUUAAAGACAAAUUCUUAUUAACAGAUCUAAACUCAAAUUCUGCGAACUCUGAGUCAACUGAAGGAAGUGAAGGGAGCCCCAAAAAGUUGCCUUCUAGGGCUCCUCAGAAGACAUUGCUAUCCCACGCAGCCAUGAAGAAACUCUCCCACAGAUUAUCGCUGAUGCUCCAAAACAGUGAUUUAGAGAAAAUUGAUGAAGAAGUAAUCAACUCACUCAAAUCCUUGAAACAAAAUGAGGUGUACUCAACCACAAUCUACUUCUCAAGACAUGGCCAGAGCAUUUACAACACAAAGGAACUUAUUGGAGGGGACUCUUUACUCUCUGCAAAAGGAAAGAAAUAUGCAGAAGGCUUAAGAAAAUUUUUCCAAGAAUCACAAGAAAAAUUCGAUGAUUUGCAGAAGUACUGCUCCACUCUGAAAAGAACUCAACAGACCAUUGGGUACCUCAGUGAGGUUGGCGCCGGAGAGCCAAUAAUCAGACCUGAAAUAGACGAGAUCAACGCUGGCAUCUGCGACUCCAUGACUUAUGAGCAAAUAGAGGAGAAGUUCCCAGAAGAAUUCAAACUCAGGAAGAAAGACAAGCUGAAUUACAGAUAUCCCGAAGGCGAGAGCUACAUUGAUCUCAAGGCUAGGUUAAAGCCCUUCCUUGAGGAAAUCGAGGAAUCACAGACUCCAGUAUUGGUGAUCAGCCACCAAGCCACCCUGAGAUGCGCUUAUGACCACAUGAAGGGACUCAAGACUGAAGAGAUUCCUUAUAUCCAAGUGCCUCUUCAUUCCUUAGUUAAGUUCGAAAGAUCCAUCUUUGGGUAUAGAGAAACCAUCUACAAAUAUGACACAGAAAAGGGCACCUUUGGCAAAGAAGUACACAAGGUGAACUUUCUAGACAGCUUUCUGGAACAAAUCGAGGCAAUUUCGCCCUCCAAAAGUGCAGGCCUCCAUAUCAGAAUGCCUGACCUGAUCCAGACCUAA